UGCAGAAACAGAGAUUCCUCGCUGUCUGAGAAGAUCGCAUUAAUUCAAGCACUCACUCAGACAAAGAUCUUCUUCCUCCUCCUCCUCCUCCUCCUUCUUCAUCUCUCUCUCUCUCUCUCGAGUUCCAUAAUCAGAGAUGGAGAAUCCUCCAGAGCAAGCUGAAAUGAAGGAGAAUCAACCCAGUAGCCAUGGAAGGACAAAGGGUGGACUCAUCACCAUGCCAUUCAUCAUAGCGAAUGAGGCAUUCGAGAAGGUGUCGAGCUAUGGAUUGUUGCCGAACAUGAUCAUGUAUCUGAUGAGAGAUUACGGGUUCGGGUUAGCGAGAGGGACAAAUGUGCUGUACAUGUGGUCUGCUGCUACCAACUUCUUGCCCCUCUUGGGAGCUUUCCUCUCGGAUUCAUACUUGGGCCGUUUCCUCACCAUCGCCUUUGCUUCUCUCUCCAGUUUCAUGGGAAUGCUGCUUCUAUGGCUAACUGCAAUGUUACCGCAAGUGAAGCCUCCCCCCUGCAAUAACCCGACCGGAGUCUGCAAAUCCCCGACGGCGUCUCAGUUAGCACUUUUAUAUUCCGCUUUCGCCCUUAUAUCGAUCGGAUCGGGCGGGAUAAGGCCGUGUUCUCUGGCGUUCGGAGCUGAUCAGCUGGACAAGAAAGAGAACCCGAAGAACGAGAGAGUUCUUGAGAGUUUCUUUGGAUGGUACUACGCUUCUUCUGCAGUUUCUGUUCUGAUCGCGCUCACGGGCAUUGUUUAUAUCCAAGAUCAUCUCGGAUGGAGGCUCGGGUUCGGAAUUCCCGCAAUCUUGAUGCUCCUCGCCCUACUGUUCUUCGUCCUCGCCUCUCCUUUGUACGUUAAACGCAAUGCCUCGAAGAGCUUGUUCACCGGUUUUCUGCAAGUGAUUGUUGCUGCUUACAUGAACAGAAGCCUGAGUUUACCUGAUCACGACGACUCCUUUGAUUGUUACUAUCACUUGAAAGACUCUGAUCUCAAAGCUCCAACCGAGAAACUGAGGUUCUUGAACAAAGCUUGUGUUAUAAGAAGCCGGGAGGAAGAAAUUGGGUCGGAUGGUUUUGCAUUGAACCCAUGGAGGCUCUGCACAACGGAUCAAGUUGAGGAGCUAAAGGCAUUGAUCAAGGUCAUACCGAUAUGGUCCACGGGUAUAAUGAUGUCGAUAAACACUAGCCAGAACUCAUUCCAGCUGAUUCAAGCGAAUUCCAUGGACAGGCGUCUUAGCCAAAGCUCAAGCUUCCAAAUACCAGGUGGAUCAUUCGGUUUGUUCACUAUCAUAGCUUUGGCCAUGUGGGUCGUGCUUUACGACCGAGCAAUCCUUCCUCUAGCUUCAAAGAUCCGAGGAAGACCUGUUAGAUUCAGCGUCAAGCUAAGAAUGGGGCUCGGCCUGUUCGUUUCCUUCUUAGCGAUGGCUACUUCCGCCAUUGUUGAGGGUCUCAGAAGGAAAAAGGCGAUAAGCCAAGGCUACGCAGACAAUGCCCAUGCCGUGGUAGACAUCUCAGCAAUGUGGCUCGUCCCGCAGUACGUACUUCACGGGCUGGCGGAGGCGUUAACUGCAAUAGGGCAGACCGAGUUUUUCUAUACCGAGUUUCCCAAAAGCAUGUCGAGCAUAGCAGCCUCGCUCUUCGGUCUUGGAAUGGCAGUGGCUAGUCUCCUCGCAAGCGUGAUUCUCAGGGCUGUAAACGACGUUACAUCGAGAAAUGGCGGAGAGAGUUGGGUUUCAGACAACUUUAACAAGGGUCACUACGAUUAUUACUGCUGGCUUCUCGCGAUCUUGAGCUUCGUUAACGUGAUCUAUUACAUAAUAUGUAGUUGGGCGUACGGUCCGGCGGUGGAUCAGUUGAGGAAUGGUAGGGUUAAUGGUGUGAAAGAAGAGGAGGAAUUGCAUGAUAUUGCAGGGAAAUGCUUGGAAGGGAAAGAAGAUAAGUUAAACUAGAUUGUUUACAUUCUGUGCUGUCUAUAUGGCUUGUAGCCCAAGAAAUGAAAGUGGGAGGAAAAUUAGGGUUUGGUGUUUGAUCUUGUGAGUGAAAAGAUCUGGUUUGAUGGGUUUUUUUAAAAUGUUUAUAUAAAUGUGUAAUUAGAUGGUUGGUGUGUGGAUUUGGGAAUUUAGAUAGGUUUAUAGUUUGGUGUUUUCUUUUUUGUCCCUUUUUUUUUUCUGUCUUUUAUGUAUUGUGUGUUUGUUCUCUCCAAGCAUAUUACAGGGUUGUGUUCUUCA